UUAUAUCGCGGCCAUCAAAGACUUCUUUCUGUCUUACGAGAAACUGGAGGCUUACCAUGUCAGAACAUGAUGAUACCUUGCUAGACGAAGAUCUCGGGGACGAAGAAUAUGAUUUGGGUAACGAUGAGGAAGAAGCUCUUCUAGCGGAUGACUAUGAAAUAGAGAGGCAGAAUAGCUAUAAGGGAGAAGAGGAAACAGAUGAUGUACUGGACUUAGGAGUCACGGACGCGCUCGACGACUUAGAUGGCGAAGACGAGAAUAUAGAGUUUAGUAGAGGCAAUACUGAUAAACAUAGCGAUAACGAUUUCUAUAAAGAUGGAGAACAUCCGAUACAGCCUACAUCGUCGUAUUAUGAGCAAGACGAGGGUGCCGAGCAAUACGCGAAUGAACAGGCAUCGCGUCAGUCCGGCAAAAAUUUGGAGUCCAAUAACGUUAAUGUUUCUAAUAAUAUUGGCAAGGGCGAUCUGCGCGAGAAGCUCCAAAGAAACAUGCAGAAGACUGUUUACAUCGGCAACGGGCAAGGAAUGGAGGACGACGACUGCGAGGAGGCGAAGGAGAGGCGUAACAGAUUUCAAAACGAGCGUACGAUGAUUUCUCCAAAGAUGAACAAUGAUAUCCCGGAAACCUUAGAGAGUGUCGUCACGUCGGAACCAUCCAGAGCGCCGUUCAGAGGAAGAGGACGAGGCCGUGGAGUAAGAGGAAGCAGAGGAGGACGAUUUAACGUACAAAACACUGGAAACUUCAAUCCGAGGUUUGGUACGGCACGGCCCGCUAAUUUUGAUAAUCAGCCGCCUGCUUGUAGACCGCCACUAAUAGAGACCAGACCGCCGUGUCUCCUUGGCAUACCAAGUAACGUACCAAAUCAGCAGCAGAUAAUGUACCAACAACAAGCUAAUCCACAACAGCCCUUUCAACAGUCCUUCGGCCCAAACGGUCCGUUGCAAGGGCCGCCAGCACAAUUUGCGGAGAAUAGGCCGCAAUUCAGUCCCGGACAAUUCCAGGGAUCGAUGGGGCCGCGUCCGAUCAGCAGCCAGAGGCUGCCCGAGUACGGACUUAGGAGUCCCUUGGCGGGAGGAUCCAUGCAAGGACCGAGCUAUAAUUGUCCGCCCAACCAGCAGCCGCCGUAUCAUCCGCCAAUGCAGCCGCCACCGUUUCCAAAUCCGGGCGGCGUCAUGCAAGAAAAUCGACCGGGUGUACAGGGCAAUCAAGGAGGACCCCUGUUACAAGGAAAUCCGGGAGGAGGAUCACUUCUCGGUAACCCAAACUGCCUGUUGUUACCUGGAAAUCCACCCAAUAUGUUGCUACCCAGUGGAGGGAAUCUGCCAGUGUCUAUGGGCCAGGGAUUCCCGCGCCAGCAGCAAGCGCUGCCAAGCGCCUCUCAAGGUCCGCCCAUACAAAAUCUGCCGCCGAACGUGCAGAUGUCUAGUCAGCCGCCGCCCUUCGAGAACAGACUGCCGCCGCCACAGUUUCAAGAGCACCAGUUUGAAGGCCGGAACGCAUACGAUGCAAGAGUCGGUUUUCAUCCUUCCGAUCAAGUACCCAAUAGCCAAUUUAAUAAUACGAUGCAACCGGUACCGCAACAGUCGGCGUCUAAUAUAUCACACAGUGUGUCUUUACCUCCAGGGCACAAGAUUCUAAUCAAUCCUCAUUUUAGAGGCACCGUUCAACCCGCGAACGAUACUCGACUCGUUUGGGAUUCUAAUCAACAACAAGCCCAACCACAAGUUACUCACAGUGGACAGUUUUCACAACCGCCAUCAUCGUAUCAAAAUCAAGGACCUUAUAAUCAGGCCCAACAAGGUUCAUCGCAAUAUCAACUAAACUAUCAGCAGAAUAAAAGUGAUGAUCCAUACGCAUAUUUUUCCGAUGUGUGGCAAGAAAAUAGACCACAGAAGCUUCAGAAUAGCCCGAAUAAGCAUUAUCCCUCGGAUAACAAUUAUUCCCGAGAGAGCAGCUACAGUGAUGGUAAUAAAUAUAAAUUGAAUAGCCAAUGGGAGCAAAAGGAUAGCUAUCAAGAGGAUUAUAGAGGAUCUCACCAAAAUUAUCGAGAAAGAGAUUUGCCGCUACGAGCAAGAAACGAUCAUACGCAGAGGAGCAGAACGCCAUCAAAUACGUAUCGCGGCGACUCUUACGAUCAAGUCCACAAUCUGAAAUUUUCUAGACCGGCGAACAUUGCAUCUCGUGGAGCGAAUAGACCGCCGCAGAAGAGGCUAUCUGAGUCUUCGGACAAAGGACCGCGGGAAGUAAGUCCAAAACGAAAUAAGCCGUCUAAUAGAAAUCUUCAAGAGGUGCGAAGAGUGGAUACAGCAAGUGAAACAGUCGCUGAAAAGGAGGAAGAUAAUGAUCCGGAGAUGCAGGAAUACCGUAAGAAAAUGGAAGAGCAGAAACGUCUUCGGGAGAAGAUAUUACGUGAGAAGGAGAACAGACGUAAGAUGGCUGCAAUGGAGAAACAAAAUGAAGAUGUCAAGAUCGAUUCAAACGCUGCAGUGACUGAAAGCACGCAGCAAGAAAUAAAACCUGCGUCAGCAUUAAUGGGGAUUGUAAAGGACGGUGUUAAAACUCGCCCUGGUGUUGCUAAAGGACGCGGUCGUCCUACCAAUAUACAGAACACAGAGGCAGCAGACAGACCAUCUAAUAUGCGAAUUGUCAGAACGAUACCAACUAUACAAACUAACGAUUUGUCAGAUACAAUCGGUUCGAAAGAUAACAACUCCGGAUACGCAACUAAUCAAGCCGGCGAUAUUGUACAAAUGAGACAAGUGAUACAACAAUCUGGCAUGCGAAGAGUCGUGAUACAAAAGCCUCUGUUAAAUUCGCAAAAGAUCAUUGCUACCACGAUACAAAAAACUGUCUCCAAUCUGCAGAAGAAUCAGGGAUUACAACAGAAAGUAGUUCCGAACACACAAGUUAUGCAAACGCAGAAAAUCGUACAGAAUCAGGUCAAUGCAUUACAAAAAUCUGGAAUUGUUGGACCGAAAACCACAAAUAUUGGCCAGAGAAUGAUAACACAUAAAACACCUGGUACCCUACAGAAAACUGUAAUCAACGAUAGCGCCAAUGUUCACGGCCAAAAAGUCAUGAAUACGCAACAAAAUCCCCAGCGAAUUGUAUUGCAAAAGUCUGCAGUUCAAGCGAAAAAGUUACCCGAGAUAAAGACGAACACAGUUAAAUUAGAGAAUUUGGCUGCAAGCACUUCUGAGGCCCAAAUCAGACGUAUGUGUCAAACCAUCGGAACUAUUGAGAGCAUACGUAUGGGCGAGGGUAAUGCGACCAUUGUGUUUAAGACACAAUCUGCCGCCAUGGUGUUUCACAAGAAAUACCAGCGUAAAAUGCUCGAUCUAUCGCUGAUAACCGUUCGCCUUGUGCCGCAAAGCACUCUCGCCAAUAAAGUGGUAACGGCGACCGCGAAGAAAUCUUAGAGACGAAUUUCGAAAUACUAUUAGCAUAUUUUUAGCGUUAAUUCCAUGUAAACCGCGACUCUCCUAGAUGGUACUUUUCUCGUUUUAAGGUCCAUCAGACCUGUUUGAUAGAGAUAAAAACAUGUAUCUAUAUAUUUUAUACACGUAUAUAUUCCACAACACUACAGAAAUUUGUAAAGUUUAGUGAAAAUGUAGUGAAACUUCUACUGGAUUGUCAGUAGAAAAAUGAUAUGUAAACGGUAAGAGUUCUCGAAAUUUUUCAACAAAGUACGAGACAUAAAUUAUUAUUUACAAGAACUCAUCUAUGUAUAUAUAAGGAAAAAUUGUAUAUUUCGUAUAAAAUAAUGUAUAAUUAUGUGCAUAUGAAAUAAAGUAACAUGCAACAAUAUGCAAAUAUAGAAGAAGAAAAUGAUUGUACGAAGUUUAUUAUAGUGAUAUAAUAUAGCGAUAAUACUUUCUUAAAGCGUUAGUGCUUUAUGAGCGGAAAUAAAAUUUAUUCUAUUAUAAUCAGUUGUAUCUAAAAAAAUAUCUCGCGAAUCACAGUAUAGAGAAUAAAUGUAUAUUUAA